CCAACCUGUACCCUGGAUUGUGUGUGCAGAGGAACUUCGGGACUUUCGAAGGAUAGUUUCCCGUUCAAGCGGGUUGACUUCAAAAGUUUAGCUUUGUGUCUCAUUUUAAUUAAUUUAUAUUCUUUCAUCCUCUCAUCUAUUUUGAUUCAACGAAUAAAAGCAUUCGAAACUCCGGAUUCAAGAACGCUCCAUACGUAAAGUUGGAUUAACGUAUCCAGGGAUCAGCUAUUGCUUUCUGGGGGCUGCAGAAAGGUCUUCGUCCCAGUGAACCUACAGUGAACGGUCACUCUGAGCCACUCCAUCAGACUCCUUAUCAGGUGCUAUCCAUAGAAAUGCACUGCUCCAAAUAACUGCAUCAACAAGAAGUCCUGUCCACACACCAGACUGUCCCUGCCUCUAACAGCAGCUGUACAUACAGCAUUCACCUGUUGAUCCCAUGGCCCACCCUUAUGAGCCGUGGUUUCGGCCAGCACCACCCGGAGGCAGUAGUGAGGAUAUGAACAUGCCAUCCUGGUGGGAUAUUCAUGCAGGUACAGGGAGUUGGAUGGACCUACAGGGGGGGACAGGGAGUCUUCAAGGUGUGGGACAAGGGAGUGCAAUACAGUCUGCUCUGGGACCCUAUACCUCGGAGCCCCAAGUGUGCAGCCCACCCCCAACCCAAAUGGCCUCAUCCUCGCACCCCAUGCAACUCUUUCCACAGGACAGCUAUAAAAUUGACCCAUUGGUUCCAGAACUGCAACCACAACCACUUUCUCUGGAAGAGCCUUUGGACAACACCACAGCCACUCGUCCCAAGGCACAGCGUCGCUCUGCCUCCAGGGGCUCAGGCCAAGCUGUGUGUCGCUGCCCCAACUGUGUAGAUGCUGAGCGGCUGGGCCACUGUCCCGAUGGCACCAAAAAGAAACACUUGCACAACUGCCACAUCCCUGGCUGUGGCAAGGCAUAUGCCAAGACCUCCCACCUAAAGGCCCAUCUUCGUUGGCAUAGUGGUGAUCGGCCCUUUGUCUGCAACUGGUUGUUCUGUGGCAAACGCUUCACUCGGUCUGAUGAACUGCAACGCCACCUGCAAACACACACUGGUGCAAAGAAGUUCAGCUGCACUGUAUGUAACCGAGUCUUCAUGCGCAGUGACCACCUGGCAAAGCACAUGCGCACCCAUGAGCCAGCCCGGGGUGAGGAGGAGAAGAGUGGACCAGGUAGAGUGGGGAAAUGCUAUGAAACCCCCCAGACCCUGACCCUCAAUACUACUACUGCCUGCACCUUGGAAGCCCCCCUUAAGCCCAAAUGUGAGCCAGAGCCCAGUGGACCCACAUUGGGUGCACAGCCAAACUAAGGGUGUGCCAUUAGGUCCAAUCCAGGCAGAGUGAUGUAGAUUACUAUACCCUCUGAGUGAAACACAACAUGAUUUUACCAGUAGAGAGAGAUGGCCUAGCAUAGUGAUUAUAAACAAUACAUGUCUUUAGUUAUGACUUCAGCAACUGAGCUUGAUCAGUGGGGUAAUUAACAAAGGUCCAGUACUGACCCACAGUCUCACUUGUUAAUAGGCCCCACAGCUAAGAAGGUGCCUUUUGACCAGAAUAGUACAGCAUGUAGUAGUUGCAGAAAUAAAUAUCUCCCUUAACAUACUUGCAUGUGAAGCUAAUGCUGGAAGGAAUUGAAAGAAGUAAAUGCUCUGUUGUUUUUCUGAAGGCACUUUGCUCUGUUGUUUUUCUGAAGGCACUUACAUUAGGUUUUUUCUCAUAUCUAAUUUACAAUUUGCAUUUUGUGAGAAGUGUAAAUGGUUACUGAGCCAUGAUCAUAGUUCACUGCUUGUAUUGCUUGUGAGCUGUUGUGUGAAAUACAUUAUAUUUUCAACUUUUACACCUCAAACAGUCCAAAUAACAUCUCAGAGCCAAUUGACACUUUCAUUUUAGAGAAUCAAUGCUGCUCAAGCACUUUUCUGAACUCAUAACGUUCUUCCCCUCACAAAAAUUUGACUUUCCAAUAAUCCAAAUUUCACAUAUGAAUUCAUUUUAAUUAAUUUUAUUCAUUUUUGCAUGUGAAAAGAAAAUAGAUCACAUAAUUUGCAUCUUCAUAUUUUCACAUGUCCCUGACUUUUUAAAUUGUGAAUUUUAUCACUUUUAAAACUUCUACAUGUUGAAACAAAACAUGUCACUUGAAAUAGCAUAGGUUACCUUUUUCUGCUCACUUAUAAGUGGGAUUAUUUUUAUAGUUCAUGUGUGCUUCAAAUGUUGGGUGUUCACAUGUUUAUGAGUACAGGAUUUUCUUGUCAGGGUCACCUUUACAUGAGUACCCAUUCGUACUCAAGUAAUACUCAAGAUAUUUGAAUGCAACAGGAAUAAAAGUUCUUCAGAACUUCUUAAUGAUGGAACUGAUUGAAAUUGCAGCUUAAGUGUGAACUUCACCAAAAACUCUUCCAGUUUACUGCUUGAAAUGAUUACUUACAAUAGUGUAGCCUCAUUAUAUGCUAUUAAAAUGUAUUCCCAUUAUGUAGCAAAAACCUUGGUAUGAAUGCAAAAAACAAUUAGUGAAUAAGGAUCUUGUUGGAACAUUCAUUAUAUUUUCUGCAUUGGUAUGUCAAUUUUCUGGAGUAUUUGUGAUAGCAUCUGCAGUCAGUAUCUGAGUUUUUAAUGUCAUCCAUCAGAAUCUUUCAAUUUAUAUUAAGCAAGUGUGUACGUAUGUAUCUAUAUAAACAUAGAGCAAAAGAGAUUAAUCAUUGUUGUUACAUCUUGCCACUACUUUCAAACACAUUUAUGUGUCAAUAAAUAAUGCAAAGACAUAACAAGCAGUAAAUAUAGAAGGGAAUGAUUCCUGAUUAUAUAUGUAUUGUGAUGGUAGUGGGUGGGAGACCUUCAGGGUGACAUGAUUGGGCAUUGUGUCAUUCUGGGGGAGUGCUUUUAGUCAGAAAAAUGGUACCUACCAACUUGCUCGAUAGAGAUUCAUUUGGUUUGGCAUAAUUUUGGUGAUCUGUUUGCACCAGUGAUUCAGUCCUCUGGUACAAGAGAUGGGAUGGCUCAGACUGUGGAUUACAGUGUGAAAAAUAAGCAUUUGACGGACUUUGUGUGAGGAAGCAUGUGAUAAUAUACAGUCCCCUCGAAAGGUAUUGUAACAGCAAGGUCAAUUACUUUGUUUUUGCUAUCAAUUGAAGACAAUUGACUUGAGGUCAAAAUAUGUACAUGAUGAGAUGACAAAUCUGAAUUUCAGCUUUUAUUUCCUGGUAUUUUUUAUCUAGAUGAGUUAAGCAACUUGGAACAUAUCACCUUUUGUAUCAGACCUCCACAUUUUUAGGUGAGCAAAAGUAUUGGAACAUGUGACUGACAGGUGUUUCUUGUUGCCCAGAUUUGUCCUAUUCGAUUGAUUGGUCAAACAAUAAAUAGUUAUAAAUGUCUUUUCUUGGUUUUAGCCUUGGGUUUUGACUGUGAAGACUGCAUUUGUGUUAGAAAAGGUAAAUCAACAUAAAGACCAGAGAGCUGUCUUUGGGGGAAAACAAGCUUAGAAAAGAGGGGAAAUCGAUCAGAGCCAUUGCCAAAGCAUUGGGGAUAGCUUGUACAACAACUUGGAAUGUCUUGAAAAAGAAAUAAACCGCUGGCGUACUGAGCAACAGACACCGAACAGGUCACCCAAGGAAAACAACAGCAGUUGAUGACAGAAACAUUGUGAGAACCCUAAAAAAUCAGUCAGUGACAUCCCAAACAAUCUCCACAGGGCAGGGGUGAAGGUUUCUCAAUCAGCCAUUCGAAGAAGACUUAGAGAGCAGAAAUAUAGAGGCUCUACCACAAGAUGCAAACCAUUCAUCAAGUGUAAGAAUCAGAAGGCUAUAUUACAGUUUGCAAAGAAGUACAGAGAUGACUCACUAAUCUUUAUUGAUGAUGCAACUCAUGAUGGUAGCAGCAGGAUGAAUUCAGAUGUCUCCAAAAACAUUCUGUCUGCCAUCUUACGGAGGAAUGCAUCCAGACUAAUUGGGAGGAACUUCAUCAUGCAGCAAGCCAAUGACCCAAAACACAUUGCAAGCACAACAAAGGACUUCAUUAGGGAGAAAAAGUGGAAGGUUGGAACUGGCCAAAGUGGAACUGGCCAAGUCAAUUACCAGACCUUAACCCAGUUGAGCAUGCAUUUCACCUCCUGAAGAAUUGAAUGAACAACAAUUGAAAGAGACUGCAGUAAAAUGGAUCACCAAUGGAUCGCAGGCUUGAUGCAGUUAUUGCGAGCAAGGGAUAUGCUACCAAAUGUUACGUGUUAUUUACUUUCAUUUACUUCAAUACUCUCUCUUCCAAUACAUUUGCUCACCCAGAGAUUUGGAGGACUGAUAACAAAGGUGCUAUUCGUUAAGUAGUUUAACACAUCUAGAUGUAAAUACGAGGAAAUAAAUGCUGAAAUUUUUAACCUUGCCUUGCUGUUCCAAUACUUCUGGAGGAGA